AUGGUGCAUUUUACUACCGAGGAGAAGGCUGCUGUUGCUAGUCUGUGGGCCAAAGUGAAUGUGGAGGUGGUCGGCGGUGAGAGCCUGGCAAGGCUCCCGAUCUUCUGCCCAUGGACCCAGAGGUUCUGUGACAGUUUUGGUAACUUAUGCACCGAGUCUGCCAUAAUGGGCAACUCCAAGGUCAAGGCCCAUAGCAGGAAGGUGCUGAACUCCUUUGGAAAUGCCAUUAAGCACAUGGAUGACCUCAAGGGCCCCUUUGCAGAUCUAAGUGAGCUGCACUGUGACAAGUUGCACGUGGAUCCCGAGAACCUCAGGCUCCUAGGAACCAUGAUAUUGAUUGUCUUGGCAACCCACUUCAGCAAGGAAUUUACCCUGCAGAUGCAGGCUGCCUGGCAGAAGCUGACAAACGCUGUGGCUAAUGCUCUGGCCCACAAGUGCCAAUAG